AUGUACUCAAGUUCAACGCUCAUCGCGAGCCAUGAUGCGUAUCGCCCCUGCCAUCUGCACACCCUGUACAUGUCCAUCUUCUUUUCUGCAUGUUCAUUCACCGCUCCAGCGCCUCAUCAUCUUGAUUGAUACUUGAUGUUCGCACUAACCCACCUUCUCUUCCUUGUCUCUUGCCUCCAUGUCUACGAUACGGAGAGUCUCUAUCCUUUCCGGUCUCAUCCUCGCGCUCGCUUCUUUUGUCCCAGGCGCUUUAGCUCAGGGUACCAAUGCGAUAUGUAAGAAUGGAUUCCGCUGGAUGGUCAACUCUCGGGGGCAGAGUCCAUGCUCGGUAGCGGCAUACCUUCUCACUCCAUGUAUUGACAAUCGAUCUGACGCGUAUGUUGAAGCAUUGCAUCCAAGUUCCCAUUAUCUACCCCCUUCACCUUCAACGGCUACACCAUGCCAAUGUAGUUCUGUGCAUUAUUCUAUGUUGCAAGCUUGUGCCAUUUGUCAAGGCGGUCCAAGUGUCCCUUGGUCUACAUGGGUCAUGAACUGCAAUGCUGCCGCCCACCAGAGUUACCCCUAUGACGUUCCUGCCGGCACGUCUGUUCCUGCGUGGGCGUACCUUGACAUUUCCUUACUAGAUAAUUUCGACGUGACAAGUGCAGAAGCCCUCGCCGACACCCAUCCGCCCGACUCCACAGCUAUAGGCACUGCAACCUCCACUGGCAAUGUAGCCCCCACCACCUCCGGUACCACUUCAACGAGCAACAGAAGAACCAAUGUAGGUGUUAUCGUAGGCGGUGUGAUCGUAGGUGUGAUCGGUCUUGCUCUCGUUGGCGGUGCUGUCUGGUGGUUCAUGCGCCGAAGAUGGCAUACGAAAGUCCAUGUGUCUGCCUCUCAAUUCAAAAUUAGCGAUGAAGAACUGAUGGUAUCAGAUAAUGAGAAGCAGUCGCAGCAGCAGCCUUUGCUCAGCAGUCCUGUUCCUCAAAUGGGGAUGAGUCCUCCACCGUUUGCUCCUCAUCCGGUACCCACAUCUCCGCCUAUUGCUGAAAAGAUUUAUAAUCCUGAUGAUCCUUCCACCUUUCCUGAUGCUUUGCUGAUUACUUCCUCGAGUUCCGCUGCUUACAGCCAACCAGCCGAUGGUCACUCUCAGAAUGUGAAAAAGGUGGAUUAUACCCAAACAUCUGGACAAUACAGUGGAGUUCCAGAGUUGUAGAAAGAUCUCAGGAGGAGGUUAUGUGAUGGUACCAUGAAACUGAGUAAUCUUGAUGUGUUUGACUUGGACAUUCUGUUUUGUAUGUAGACUGCUGCAAUCUACUACUCAUAAUUCCUCUGAUGCUACACUUAUGCUAACUCAUGAAUUUCACUCUUUUUUAUUUUAUAUUUAUAUUUUUUAAAUCUGUCUCUUAUUUUAUCUCCUUAAACACUGUAUUAGUAGCUUGAAUACUAAAGUCUCAAGUUUUCAUC